AUGGACGAUGAUGACAAACAAUAUCUAUUGGACGCAGUUCAUAGCGUGAUUAAUAUCCUUGAUAGAUUUAUGCAGUCAGGAGAUACUUCGAUCGAUUUCCAAAGACUUUUAUUAAAACUAGACUAUCUCCAACGGUUGCUCGUGAAUUUGGAUGUCGAUGAUUCAGUUGUUGAACGUGUACAACAAGCAUCAAAUAUUUUGUUUAAUCUUGACCAAGCAAACAACGGGAACACAGAAUGUAGCGAAACAGUGCCAGUAGUAAACUGUGGAAGGAGAGGCCGACCAAGUUUCGAUAUCAAGGAAGACCAAUUAUCAUUUCUUGUAGAAAAGGGAUUUAAAGUAGCCGAUAUAAGCAAGGUGAUCGGAGUUAGCCAACGGACAAUUGAACGAAGGAUGGCAAUGUUUGGACUUUCUAUUGCAG